AAUGACAUUGGUGGCAAAUGUUUAUCCAGAUGUUUGGCUUCAGCUUCCAAGGGGAAAGCUGAAAGUUUGUUGGCAAGGAGCGAUUCAGUCCGAGCGAUCUUAAGGGAAAGCAAAAAAAAGUUGCAAACUGCGAAAUUAAAAUGGCACGAGCUGCCUGCUGCCUAUUCUCACUUUUGCUAAUUGGAUUGGCACAAGUCAUAAAAGCAGAUUACAUGGAAAAACUCGCAGAAAAGAAAAUCUGUGCUGAAGAGGAUUGCAGUUAUGUCAUCUCAAUCGGCCAGGUGGUGGAUGAUUACAUUGCACCAGACUGCAGGUUCUUAAACCUUAAGGAAGGCCAGUUUAUAUAUGUAUACUCCAAGCUGGUGCAUGAAGGCCAAGGUGGAGAAUUCUGGUCUGGUAGCAUUUACAGUGACCAUCACUAUGUGGAACAAAUGGGUAUAAUCGGUUAUUUCCCCAGCUCGAUGGUCACAGAGCAGGAAGUAUUCCAGACCACAACGAUGGAACUUCCCACCACUGCUAUCGACUUCUACUGUGACUAAUGCUAAUGACCUACUCAUCAAACUGUGCAAUCAAAGAAAAAAUGCAGAACAAAUUCGAUUUAACUGAGAAGGUCUGUUCAGUUUCUUGCUGCUAAAAGUCCUUACUUCUUAAAGCAACGUAUAACGCCAAAGGCUGAAGUCUAGCGGAAAGAUUAUAAAGUGAACGUUUUUGUCCUUAUUGUGAUUUAAUUUACUUGUUUCACUUUUAUUUUUAUUUUAACUGGUUAUAAAACAUCUAUUUCAAUGCUUGUAUCAAAUAUUUGAAUCAUACAUAAUAUGAUUAAUGCAUUCAUUUUUGUAUAGGUAUAACAAAUGGAUGAAAAAAAAGUAUUUUCUGAUAGUUUCCUUGCUACCUGAAUGUCAUCAGUUUAUUUCAUGUCUCUGUGGUUAAUUUCGCAGUACUAUGUCAUGUAGAGGCAAUCUCUAACCAACACAAAAUAUAUCCAAGCAAAAUUAAAGCAUAUUUUAUUUGCUUAA